AUGUCGUCCCAGUGGGAGACAUCAUCUUCAAGUCCACUGACAGCAGACACCACGUCUCGGGACCGUCAGAGAACCUGGCCGGCACCACAACGCCAGCUCGCAGCAGCCAGAGCAUUCAUCAUGGAAUGCGCCGCAGCCCGUGCCCCGACCCUACUUCUCCCUGACAAGGACGCAGAUGGGCUCUGUUCAGGGCUCCUUGUGCACGCUACUCUCCUACACCUAGGCCUCCCCGCCUCUCUCAUUUCAGUUCACUUUCCCGCCAAAGGCUCAAACAUACACGCAUCUCCCGAACGCGAGCAAAUAACCCGCCACGGCGCCAGCUACGUCAUUGUCACCGACCAGGGCAGCCGCGGAGGUCAGUCGAUAGCAGACGACCCCAAGACGAAGACGCUGGUGAUAGACCACCAUUGGAGCACAGAAUUCCCAGAAGGCGCCGUAGCGUGUUCGGCAGCACAAUGUCCGCCUGUCGCCACUUCAAGUACGCUCGCGUAUGAGGUCUGCCUGCAGCUCGUUCACGGAGGCGGAGAUGGGACCAGGAAUGCUGCGGGGGUUCUGAGGGAAAGAAUGGCGUGGUUAUGCGCGAUGGGGACGAUGGGUGACUUGGGGACCGGGUUUAAUUGGGAAUCGCCUUUCCCAGAUAUGCGAGACUGCUUGAAGACAUGGACGAAGAAAGCCUUCGGGGAGGCAAUUGGACUGGUCAAUGCACCGCGUCGAUCCGCCGAGUAUGAUGUCGAGACUGCGUGGCGCGUGCUGUUGAUCAGCACCUCGCCCAAGGAUGUAGUCAGCCUCACCUCGAACGAGGACGUCAAGCGAUUGUACGAAGCGCGCACCUCCGUCAAGACAGAGACAGAACGGAAUGCCCGCAAGGCCCCAAUCUUCUCCGGCGAUGGUCGCGUUGCACUCAUACGCAUCUCCAGCCCCGCGCAGGUCCAUCCGCUCAUUGCGACGCGCUGGUCGUCAUCGCUUAAGGGCCCGCGCCUCGAGGUUGUGAUGUGUGCGAAUGACGGGUACAGCCCAGGCAUGACCAACUUCGCAUGUCGGAUUCCAAGAAGUCGAAGGGUCGCAAACGGCGAAGGGGAGGUCAACAUCAUCGCGAUCUUGAAAGAGUACGCGUCGCGUGUGCCAGGUUUGAGGGAGACGAUGGGGGACAACUUCGCUCGAGGGCAUAAGGAAGCAAGCGGUGGAAUCGUGAGGACAGCGGAUUUCGAGAGACUGUGGGAGGUCAUGGCCAAUUCGGAGCGUGACGAUAGAGGGACACCUGCGAAGAAACGACGGACGGGAACGCAUUACCAGGGUCAGGGUCAGAGGAACACGCUCGAGGGCUGGUUGAAGAAGACAUGA